UGGUCUAUUAACUGCCUCUUGCGACGUCCUUUCCUCCCUGACCCAUCCGUGAUUGCUUGACAAGCACCACACUCAAUGUCGCUUUCCCAGAAUGAUUCUGCCCACGCUGGGAUUGGCAGAGAGGAAGAAGCAGAUAUUGUUGUAAAUUUGUCCGCAAUUGUGUCGAGAGAAGGCGGCCACUGCCUAUGUAUUCAGCCUCAAACCGCACUCCCCGAUGACACCAAUAGUGUCCACGUACACGAGCCCUCCAUCAUCAAACGGAUUGGCAUGUGCUAUCUUCGUUGAAUUAGACCCACUGCUAAUGUCGUACAGUGCAGGUAGUCUUCACAAUAGUCGCAUGUAGUCUCGCCUCCGGGAUCGUCUUUAGAUUUGCGGCUCUGAAGCCAGUCCUCAUCGAGGAAGGCGUUUUCCACGAUCUUUGUGUUGAUGAAGAUCUCCACGGGGAUGGCAAUGUAUGUCCGGAACAAGACUUGAAGUUGAAUCUGUUCUACACCAUCGGGUCUACAACCGCGCGAACAUAUCAUCCAUACUGGCAGGGGCAAUCCUCGAUCGCCUCGGGUCACGAUUUUGCAACAUCCUAGGAUGUGUCAAUCUCAUUUUCGGUUGUGGCGUGAUGGCUCUAUCAUUCCAUGUCUCGCGAUAUCGGUGGUUGUUCGUUGGCAACUUCUUUCUCGCUCUCGGCGGUACCUGCAUCUUCGUGCCCGCAUUUCAAGUUGCAAACGCCUUCCCACAAUAUUCGGGACGCAACGUCGCUCUGGUGACGGGUGCAUUUGAUGUGUCGGCAGCUAUAUUUCUCAUUUAUCACGUUGCUUACAAGGCUUCGUGUCAAUCCUUGACGCCAUGCAUCUUCUUCUUGUGGUUCAAUGUGGCGCCCGUGUUGCUUGUGAUCGGAUUCAUUGGAAUAAUGCCGAGGGAGGGGUACGGCUCUAGUGUUCUGCCAAAGAAGCAAUUGAGACAUACAGACGACCAUUUCGACCACAUAAUCUUCACUCGAAAUGAAGUUAACGAUAUAGAAGAUCACUACAGUGCGGGCAACAAGCAUUAUUUACGCCUUCGAGCCAGACUGAGCAAAUUUCAAAAAUUCCUCGGCACCAACAAAAUUACACAGCAGCGAGCCCAGAGUGCCGAUAGCCAAAAGGACACCAGCCAGGUCUUGGGUGCUUUGCAUGACUUACCUGCCCGCCAGCAAAUGGUGUCACCAUGGUUUAUUCUCAUCACCUUGAUGACAAUUUUGCAAAUGGUUCGCAUGAACUACUUCAUCGCCACAAUACGCAUCCAGUGUGAAUUUCUACUUGCCUCGACAGCUCGGGCGAAGCAUAUCAACGAUUUCUUUGAUAUCGCCCUCCCACUAGGAGGGAUCCUAUCAACCCCUAUCGUUGGUUACCUCUUAGAUAAGCUGAGUCUCGAGAGCAUACUUGGUCUUAUCGUUGUGUUCACAACUAUUAUUGGGGCAGUCAAUUGCGUUCCUUCCGUCGGAGCAGGUUAUGUGACGGUGAUAUUAUUCGUCCUGCUACGACCAUUGUAUUACUCAGCGAUGUCUGACUAUGCCACCAAAGUCUUCGGAUUUGCCACAUUUGGCCGAGUGUACGGAACGAUAAUUUGCCUCUCGGGUCUGGCGACUUUCUCCUAGUAUGGACUUGAUGCACUGACC